UAUUUGUCUUCCCCGUUCACUUUUAAAUUAUUCACUUAUUAGUCCGGCGAUGAUAGCCUACAAAUUAUCGUCGUCGUCCGCUCUGAAUUGCUGCAGUACAGUGGUAGCCUCAUGGAACUAAACAGCUUCUUCAAAUUAUAUAUAGAAUAAUAGUAAUUAUAAUAACUUGUAGAGUAAAAUAUCUAUAUAUUUUAAACAAAUUCGUAGAGCUCACUUAUUUUUCUGCUAAUCCAAAGUGCAAAUAAGGGAAUGGUAGAUCGGAAAACCUCGACUUCGCAGUCGACAUCAUCAGAAAUUGCAGCUGCAACAUCACCGGCAGCAGCGGACUAGCCGUCGGCGAUAAAAUAGGAAAUUUCGGAGUAUAACAACCAUGGCAGAUAUCAGGAUUUACCAAUUAAAAUCAGAGGACGACAUGGAAUUCGGCAGUACAAUGGAAAAUAAGAAGGAAACGGAACAGCCUGAGGUACAAAAUAAUUGGGUUCCAGAAACUCCUGCAAAGCCUGCACCAACCAGGAUGCUUAAGUUCUACAGCAGACGGUGCCAGAAAGGCAACUCGGCGACAGGUUCUCUUGCCGUAAUUUCUAAACUAGAGGCUCAAGCCGACGAUAUUCUGUUCGUUGGUGCCAUGACUUUCGCAGACAAAAGCCAUGAACAAAAGGACCAGAAACCUUUGAGCAUGGAACCUUUAUGCUCGUCUGAUGGCGUCAUAGGUUUAGCUAAGAGUACUGGUAACUUGGAAGAUGUUGAUAUUGGUUUUACAAGGUCUGAGGACGUUGAAGGUUCAGAGGAAGGCAUUCCUGAAUCAGCAUCAGAAGAUUACAAAGGAGAACCUGCAUCUUUUGUUGUCGGUAGUCCUGAAGAUUCAGAUAUAGAAGACUUUAAUUUGGAAAAGACAAAUAACAGCCUGGAAGACAGGCAAGCUUGUACUGGUAAUGUGGCUAGAAGAUUGGAUUUCUCUGCAUUAGGCCUUGGUAAUUUGAAUGUACCAUCGGAUAGUAUUCCUUCUACUGAGCCCUUGAGUUAUGCUGGUCUGGCUCCUCCAUGCAUAGGUGCAACAACCCAAAGCGAAGACCAGUCUUCCUCUCAGGAAUUUUCCAGGGCUUCAGCAGAAGGAGCAGUUUACCAGAAGAUUGAUACAACUUUUGCCCUCAGCUUAGACCAGGAGAAUAACACAAACAUCCAAGAUUAUCAUGCAACUCGGUGUGAUGGACAAAAAGAUGUCCAAGGUAAUUUUAUUUCUUCGGUGGAAAAUGAGAAGCUUUGUUCUGGUGAGCGCUUAGAGCCAGCAACUCCAUCGUUGAAGCAAAAUUUCAAUAAAAGAUCAAGAAAUGGUAUAGAUGUGGAUCAAAGGCCACUGAAGAGAACCAAAAUCAAGAAACAUAGACAUAGGCCCAAAGUAGCUGGUGCAGGUAGAAAAAGAAGAGUUAGCAGUUCACUUGAAGAAAAGGAGAAGAGGAAGAAUGUAACCAAAACUCAACCCAAGGAGAAGGAGAAGAGUAAGUAUGUUAGGAGGAGCUUGAAAACCUCAACAACAGAGCACCAUACUGAAAGUGUUGCUGCAAGGUCAGAAUUAUUGAGUGUAGUAAACCAGCCAAGUAAAGAAAAUUACAUUGAAGUUAUGCAGCCUAAUGCGAGUGGAGAACUGGACGUUGUCAUUGGAGACCAGGAAAGAGAUGACAAAAUGAUGCUGCCAACCAUGUCUGAACUCGCUGCAAGCCAUGGCAGUGAUGAUAACAAGGCGACAUUCUGGGAUCUGAGCCUUGAAAUGAAGUCAAAAGAGCAAUGUACUGAGAAAAUUAGAGGGCAGAACCUACUGGAGAUAAAACAUAGCAGAUUCCAUAAGAAUCUUCGAAGUGCUGGCUGCCAUAGCAGAUUCUCAUGGAAUCUUCGAAAUGCGUCUCAUAAUAAAAACGUAGAACCAAGUUUCCCAAAAGAAUACAAGCGGAAAAGAAUGAGAAGAAAGCCGAAAUCAAAAAUAUCCAUUCUUUUAAGGUUUCUUGACUUGUAUUCUCAUCCAAAAAAGAAGAGAUGUAAAGGACUUGUUCAAAGAAUACAUCCAAUAUAUAACCAUAAGCUAAACUCUCUACUCAACCGCUGCACUUUUGAACUCGCUUACAUGAGUAUCAAAGGUCAGCCUGCUGAAGAGGAGUCACAUGCCAAAGCUGUUUCUGCUACUUCUGUUGCGGGACUCAGCAUUGGACAAACUACUGGCUAUGGGAUGCCUACUGCUCCUCUUGUUCAAGAUCAGCCUGGUCUUGCACCUCCCAUUAGGGGUAUUGGUGGCUUCGCUCUUGGCAUGGUGCAGUCACAGAUCUGGUGUCCUCGGGUCUCACAACUUUCUGCUCCUAGUUAUCCACUGCCUGUUAUUAGGCCACCUGGUCAGGGCUGUCCAUUGAUGGCAUGGGACCCACCUCCUCCUCAUUUUGUUGCUAGGCCUGCAUAUGGUCUGGGUUUUCCUAUGCCUCCUUUGUUGCAGCAGUUUGGGCGAAGACCUGUGGGAAUGCUUCUGCAGUCACAGGUCGGUCUACUGAGAGGACUUCCUGCUCCACCUAGACCUGGAAUGCUGCUUCCUCGUCUGGGGAUGCCUCCACCUGGUUGUGGACCUUUUCAACCUGGCAUGCCUCCCCCUCCUCCAAAUCCACAACUGAAGAACCAGCAGCAGUGUUUAUUAGGUCCAAAGAAACGCUUCAACAAUAGAAAGCAUAAGAAUUUGUUAAUUGAUGACAUUGGUGAAGGUAGGUUGGACGUAUGUGAUGCAGAUGCUAUAGUUUCCUAUCAGGAUCCUCCUACAAAGAUUGAAGGCUCAAGUGCUAUAGUUCCCUAUCAGGAUCCUUCUUCUACCAAGAUUGGAGGCUCGAGUGCUAUAGUUCUGCACAAGCAUAAAAAGAAAAAACUAACAGCACAAGUCCUUCUGGACAAGGAGACAAUAAGACAGUGGAAUCUUUUGGUGAAAAUAGAUAAUGUUUUGGGUGAAAAAGAGGAAGAUAAAGAAAGAGAAAAAAAGUGGGAAGAGGAAGUAGAAAUUUUCCAUGGCCGUAUAAAGUCAUUUACUUCCCGAAUGCAUGUCAUCCUAGGGGAUAGAAGGUUCAAACCAUGGAAAGGAUCAGUCGUGGACUCAGUGGUAGGAGUAUUCUUAACUCAGAAUGUUACAGAUUUUCUUUCAAGUGCUGCUUACAUGUCCCUUGCUUCGAAGUAUCCAAUCCAGUCAAAAAGCAAUCAAGAAGCAUCCGAUGAUGAGCUGGAUUACAAGAAUAGCCAAGAACCAAUUGGAGAUGAUAUUGUUUGCACUGGAACAACAGAAAAUUUGCAUGCUAAUGGAUAUUUUAUAACUGAAUUUGAAGAAGGAACUUCAGUUGAUAUUGUAGAAGAAAUAAGUUUGGUAGAUGUUAAAGACAUUGGAAAUGCCAUCUUGCAGAAACAAUCUUAUAGACAAGAAAUCAAAGCACUAACACAUGAGAACCCAGAAAAUGCAUCAAGAGGGUCGGAUAGCAGAAAUCCAAUAUCAGGUUCAGAGAGGUCGAAUAGCCUCAAAGCUACCUUUGAAAUGCCUUGUUCUUCUUCCAGUGCAUGCCACAACAGCUAUAAUUCUCACCUCAUGGAAGACCAUCGAGCUGAGAAUGUGGUUGAAGAGAAAGCAUCACCAGAUAUGGAUUUUCUGCCUCAGGAUUGCAGCUUGCAAGCAGAAGUUGGGAUAACAAGCAUUCUAGAUGCCCAGAGUGUAUUACAUGACGAGAAAUUAAAUAUGCCUGAAGAAGUGGUAUGGCAAGAUAGUGCUUUGAAUCCAAUUGCUCCUGCCACUAGCAUGAAGAACAAAAGAUCUGGCCUGGUUCCUGGUGAGACAAGAAAGACAACCAAAGGGACGAAAAAUGUUGUUAAGGAGAAGAGUUAUUGGAAUGAUUUAGGAAGAAAAUAUUCCAGACCGAGAAGUAGUGCUGCAACGGAUUCUAUAGACUGGGAGGCAGUUAGGCAGGCACCUGAAACUGAGAUUGCUGAUGCCAUCAAAUCACGGGGCCAGCACAAUAUCAUGGCAAGGAAAAUCAAGAAAUCUCUCAAUCGCAUAUUGGAUUAUCAUGGAAGCAUUGACCUGGAAUGGUUACGACAUGCGCCAGAUGAUGAUGUAAAGGUGUACCUGUUGGAGAUAGAAGGGCUGGGCUUGAAAAGUGUGGAAUGUUUACGGCUUUUGACUCUUUACCAUGAUGCCUUCCCAGUCGAUACAAAUGUUGCUCGUAUAGCAGUGCGUUUAGGAUGGGUCCCCUUGGAACCACUCCCUGGAGUCCUUCAGCUUCACCUUUUGGAAGAGUACCCAGUCAUGGACACCAUUCAAAAAUAUCUUUGGCCUCGACUGUGCAAGCUUGACCAGAAAACACUGUAUGAAUUGCACUAUCAGAUGAUAACCUUUGGGAAGGUUUUCUGCACAAAGCUAAAGCCAAAUUGCGGUGUCUGUCCAAUGAGGGCGGAGUGCAGACAUCUUGCUAGUGCAAUUGCAAGUGAAUAUCUUUGCCUACCAGGCAUACCAAAGAGAGGUGAAGAAAGAUCCAAGGUUCCUAACAUGUCUCUUGAAAGCUCUGCUGUGGAUGCAAACGACGCUUUAAUUGUCAAUCCAACAGCAGUGUCCCUUUCUGGGUAUGUCAAAGCUUCAGAAUCAAAAUUUGAAACUCAGUCUUGUGAACCCUUAAUCGAAGAACCAAAAUCACCAGAACCUGUAGCUGACAUUGAAGAUUUCGAGAUAGCUAAUGGAAUCGAUAUCAAUGACGGUGAAGAAAUCCCUAUCAUCCAACUCAGCAAUGAACCGUUUAGGGCAAACGUGCAGUACUUUAUGGACGAGUACCGGAAUAAUCUCCAAACUGAUAGUUCGUCAAGAGCUUUAGUUCCUCUAUCUGUGAAUGUUGAUUCAGUUCCAGUACGCAAAUUGAAGAAUAUCAGCCGCCUGCGAACGGAACAUCAAGUCUAUGAAAUUCCAGAUGAUCAUGAGCUUCUUAUAGGGCUACCGAGACGAGAUCGCAAUGACCAGUCGCCUUACCUGCUAGCUAUAUGGACACCAGGUGAAUCUCCGGCUUCCUGCCAACCACCUGAGAAAAGAUGCAAUUCUCAAGGAGCUGAACUCUGUAAGGAUGAGACAUGCUUUUAUUGUCAAAGUAUUUGGGAAGAAAGAACUGAAACCGUCCGUGGCACAAUCCUGGUACCCUGUAGAACAGCAAUGAGGGGAAGGUUUCCACUCAAUGGCACAUAUUUUCAAGUUAAUGAGGUAUUUGCAGACCAUGAAUCUAGUUACAAUGCGAUUAUUGUUCCCAGGAGUUCAAUAUGGUAUCUAAGGAGGCGGAUAGUAUAUUGUGGUACAUCACCAAACGCAAUAUUUAAAGCAUGUUCAUUGAAGGAGAUUCAGGAGAAUUUUUGGAAAGGCUUUAUCUGUGUUAGAGGAUGGGAUGCAAAAACUGGUGCACCAAAACCUCUAGCAAAAAGAUUCCACUGUCCACCUAGUAAAAUGGUCAAGAAUUCUUCAAAGUCUUAGAUGUUUUUAAGGCAAUUCUUUUGUUUAUAUUUCCUUUUUUGAUGUAUUUAUAUUUUGUUUUGUAAUUGAAGAUUUUUUUUUUCGAGAAUAAUAAAUUUUUUAUUCAUUGAAACAUAAAAUUACAUCUUAAUUAGGAGUUUUGUUAGAA